AUGGCCAUAAAUGUGAAGCCUCUUAAUGCCGACACCACAUUCUUGAUUGAUUUCAUCCCUUCCUUCGCGCCUGCUCAUGCCUCGGCUCGGUUUCCUGGCUCUUUCUCCGUCUUAAUCGAUCCCUGGGUAACAGGGAGUUCUUCGGUCUGGAAAGAAUCUUUCCAGAUAUCGCAUCACACAACUUCGCCGUGCAUUUCAUCGUUACGGGACAUACCACAACCGGAUCUUAUCAUCAUCUCACAGGAUAAACCUGAUCAUUGCCACAAACAGACAUUAUGCACUCUCCCAGCAGACUCUAGAAUCCACAUCCUGGCAACUCCAGUAGCUGCCAAAUCAAUUCGGUCAUGGAAACACUUCACGCAUGCGACCAUUCAAACGAUGCAGCCAUAUAACAGCAAAGACGAAAAAUCUGUUAUACGCAUACCAAUUCCAGGAUACUCGCUCACCAGCCAGGGCGGUGAAGUCACAAUUUCGUACAUGCCACAAAAAAUGGACCCAACAAGGCUCCACAAUGCGAUCGGACUCACAUACCGAGCACCCAAUAGCAAAACAACUUCCGUGAAUGGCUCUGUCGUCAAUCUGCUCAACCUCCCACCAACCCCUCAAGAUUCUCCAAUGGCAGGCAACUUCUUGGACCUUGUGGUUGAUGGAAGCGAUCCUUUGACACCUCCUGACUCACCCAUGGAACUCGAAGGAGAUUUGCCUACUAUUGCGCCGUUCGAGAAGACAAUCAGUGUUCUAUACAGCCCUCACGGCGUCGCAUAUCCUGCGAUCGAGCCAUAUGCAUCGUCAUUCUUGGCCAAGGAGUCUGCAUUGCCGUUGACUGCCCUGUUCCACUCCAUCAAUACCGAGGAGAAUCCUUGGUUUAUGGGUGGCAUCGUAGCGGCAGGAUAUCCUGGAGGCGCUGAAAUCGUGCGAAAACUGGGAGCUCGGUACUGGAUCAGCGCGCAUGACGAGGUCAAGGACAACAGAGGUUGGUCUGUUGCAUGGAUCAAGAGUUCGGUAUACUCUGCAGAGGAAGCACAGCAAAAGUUGGAUGACGAAAAUAAAAACAUGGCAUUGCAUCAGAACGGAAAGCAUGGAAAAGCGAAUCACAGGACACAGAUUGUCAGACUGGAUGUGGGAGAACGGCUACGCAUUGUGUGA